AUGGCGGCUUCCGUGCCCGUACGUUACCUCUAUUCCUGCUAUAUGCGUCCUAAUGUUUUUUUGAGUAGUUGUGCAUUAAAAACGGCACCGUUGUCAACCAUGAUGGUAUGUGCGAAGCAGAUAUCCUCGUUGAAGAUGGCAUUAUCACGUAAAGCCGAAUAUCUUUUCUGACCUCUGCCUAGGAACCUCGAGAAGGACAUUAGCCCUCCAGAGGGUGCGCAGGUGAUAGACGCCCAAGGAAAAUUUAUUUUUCCGGGUAUGUUUCGAUGCAAAUACAUUUACUCUUUUCUCAUUCUUUGAUUCAGGCGGCGUGGAUUGUGACUGUCGGCUUCUCAACCCUUCUGAUGAAAUACCUGUUGCCGACGACUUUAAAUCAGCUUCCCUAGCUGCGCUCUAUGGCGGUACAACCACGAUUAGUGAGUUUACUGGGCCCUAUAUUAUGUCGUUUGACCUGUUUGUCAGGAAUUGCUUCAGUUGUGUCUUCCGGCGACCUCACCUCGCACACCUCACUGAACUUUUUUGAAUCUCUGUCGUCUCUGUAGUCAAAACAAUGGCUUCAUUUUGGUCGUUACUAGGACUUUUAUGACGCGCCUAAUUACUACAUUGGGCCUUGUUUCGCGUUCCUUUAGACCACUACUUAUUCGCUUUUUGAUCGGUAUGAACAGCACCGGCUUACGGCAUAAGACAAUAAUCGUCUUAUGAGAGGACGGCAUACUGGACACCUUGCAUAUGCGCGCUUCCCCUUCGACUGAGUAGGCUUCAGACAACUUAGAAGUUUGAAGGUAGAAUCUACGAACAAUAUGCUUGGCGUGCUCGGCAAGGAUGCAGUAUGCGACCCCAUUCAGGGAUUAACCUCCAGGCCACCGUGUCGCAUGGGGUCGCAUGCACCGUCCUCGCCGUGUACUCAAUAACCAGGCCGCCAUACCAUUCACCAAAUUAAAUAUGCACUUCUCUGUUUGUAAAGAAGCAGUAGGACAUUGAUAUAUGCACCCCCGUGCCUGAAAAGGCCCGUUUCGAAAGAUGUACUCCAUGUUCGCGCAUUAAUUUCCUCGGAAAUUAAACAAGGCAAGUUGAAACUGGAGUUCAUAUACCAGAAAACGCACAGGGAAAGCUGGGGGACCCACUGACGAGCCGAACCCCUCGCAGCUGCGUCAGGCAGCGGCAUAAGAUCGGCGAAACACGCGUGUCUGGGCUUUUAGCUAAUACCUGUGUUGUUAGUACGGUAAAUCAUUGCGCAGCUCUAUACUACUGGCUGCCUGUUGGCAGCUUGUGAAUAUUAAGUGGUUAUUCCACAGUAGCUGAUAGAUUUCAGCUCAGAUAUUCAUAUCAAACUUUGGACCGUGCCUGAAAAGGCCCGUUUCGAACGAUGUACUCCAAGUUCGCGCAUUAAUUUCCUCGUAAAUUAAACAAGGCAAAUAUGCACCCUCCCGCAACACUUGGGUGCAUAACCACCCCUAAUACGGGAGCGGCGGUAAGAGGGUUUUACGGGUGGAGUCUUGGCAGCCUUACCGAAAGUUCAUUUGCCAUUCCGUUUCCGGUUCAAUUAUCUGGCCCUCUCCCAAAAAUGUUCGUGAAGCAUUUCCCUGUUUCAGUAAUCGGCUUCAGUAAAAUGUUAUGGCUAGUAGAAAAUACAGCCUAUUUCAGACCGUUGGCAUUUUACACCCAGUCUCAUUAGUCCAGUUUCAAUUAUGGGACACCAAUUCCACAAGAACCCUUUGAAGUGACACUCGCUUGCAGAAGGAUUUAUGAUGGGCUAGUCGAUUUCGUUCCUUUUCAAUAUUACAAUUCUGUGUAGAUACUGUUACGCCUUGACGUAGUCCUUGUGGCCUUAUACUUUCUUCAGCUUGUGCUUGAUGAUUGUCUAGUGUGCCGCUUCCUAGGUACUCAUGUACGAUUGGUUUACGAGUUAUUAUACACAGCGUUCAAUGCUGACAAAGGUUAAAAAAUUUCCAUUUCGAACUCAUGAGGUGAGCCUGUCAUCAGAAACGAACGCAACCGCAAUGUUGUUCACUUUUAAAGCACGAGAAAUAAGACCAGACAGAUAUGCUAAAUUAGCCUACAAUUCCGUAGGAGAACAUUUAUGUAACCAAAGUCCACUAAUUAGACGUUCUUCGAGUACGUUUACACUUUAGUUAGUUCUCUGAAGCACCUCCCGAUGUCAAUUUGCUUGCGAACCUCGGAUUAAUCGUAGACUUUUUGUCCCUAGACUUUUUUGGUCGCCCGUAUGUCUCGGAACCCUUUUAUUUUCGAGGUUCUACCCUUAUCACCUGCCUCCCCCGUACAUCUCUGACACGAAAAAAAGGUUUCAGCCUUUUUAAUGUUUUUCUUUCUAUCCUUUUCAGUAAACGAAGUUCCAGUAUGCCCAGGCGAUUCCCUGUUGAACGCCUAUGAGACCUUCUUGUCGACCAUCAGCAAGGAGAUUUGCUGCGACUACGCCCUCUGUGUCUCCGUUCCUAACUUCAACGCUGACGUGGCCGCCCAGAUGAAGAUUUUGGCGACGGAGAAGCAUGUGGCCUCCUUCUACCUCCGCCUCUGCACAGGAAAUCGGACAUCCAACUUCCCGGGACUGGACGAAGACUCCUUUCUCGAGACCCUACGAACUUGCUCCUCCCUAGGUGUCCUUCCCUCCGUACCGGCCUGCGCUAAUCCUGUCAUUUCGUCCAGACUUGCCGAGCAAGUGGCCUCUGAGUUUCCCGGCCUGGGGCCGGAGGGUAGCCUCUGGGCCUCACCAGAACGCCUGGAAGCGGACACGGUGAACCGCGUGGCUUUGCUAGCCAGUACUACUGACUUCGUUUGCCCCGUACUUAUGACCCGCGUCCACAGUCAAGCCGCACUCGAGGCCCUGGUCGACCAGCGUCGCCAGAGCGCUUGUCUUCUCUUCGGACAAACCAGUGCGGCUGCACUGGCCGGUAUUUCAGCUACGACAGAGACCCCGGUUGGUGUCUGUCAGACCGAUUGGGCCAAGGCGGCUAGUUGCGUCUCAGACCCACCCAUCCGACCGGACGCCGAGACCGCACACAAACUGCUGAAACACCUGUCAUCUGGCGACCUGACGGCCAUAGGCUCGGCCCAUAGGGCCAUGAGCGGUGCUGUGAGGGCGGCUCUGGGUUUGCGAGACUUUCGUCGAAUUCCUGGUGGUGUGGCGACUGUGGGUUCGCGCUUAGCCGUUCUUUGGAAAUGCGCCGUAGAACAACAGGCUGUACUGGACCCUUGCGCCUUUGUGGCCUGCGUGAGCUCUAACCCUGCACGCCUAUUUAACCUCUAUCCCCGCAAAGGUCGUAUUGAAAAGGGUAGCGACGCCGACCUCGUUGUAUGGAGCUCUGUGGCAGGAAAAAGUGAUAGUGAAGGGGAUCGGGUCAGACUACUUCCUGACGGUGUCAUUGACCCUUUCGAGGGCCUCGAACUCUCCACCUGCGCGCCGGAAGUGGUAGUGCUUCGUGGAAAAGUUGUCGUCCAGCACGGUCGACCUUUAGAGUCGUCUGCAGAACCGGGCUCUGGUCUCCUGCUCGCUCCAGAACCGUUCGGAGCUUUCACCUUUGGUCGAACAGAGGCCGUCAACAGGAGUCGGGAAUCUGCGCUGAAGACCGUGUCGCGGGAGGCCUACACAGGGCCAGUACUCAGUCUCAAUGGACACGAGAAAACUCCUCCGCGGGAAGGUUAUUACUAUCGGAAGGAGCUCUACGACAAUGUGCCCAAGGGUGAGUCAUGCAUGCAUGCGUGUGGAUCAUUGUGUUUACUACAGUAGUGCGUCGUUUUCAAUUGCCCUUGAGCUUCUUCGUCUUGCAAGUUCUGGUUACGAGACUGAAACAAAAUCCCCCGUACCCUCUUUGCCAUUUCGGUUUUUCAUAGCUGCGUUGUCGGGUACUGUUUGACUGAAGAGACUUUGACUUUAAAAUAUUAUAGGGUAUGACUGGAUUCGGUUGAACCCAAACAACUCUUUCUAGGAGGGGUAUGAACAACUUUUACUUUCUAUCGUCUCGUCAGACGUCAAGUUGUUAUGCUGUUCGUGGCUUAAUGAGGAAAAAACCGCCUUGGGGACAAUGUUGUGCAUUCGGCAGUGGAAUAUUCCUAGAAACAUCAGCCAAAUGUAAAUAUAUGCCCUUCGUUCACUAAGGAACAGGAAGAGUUCGGAGCUGGCGCAUUUAUCUAUAUAUAUAUAUAUAAAAAUGGAAGGAUUUUAUUUCUGUGUUAUAUCUAAUCUCCGAAAGUACUGCACCGAUUGCGCUGAAAUUUGGACACGACCCGACCCGCGCAUAGGGCCGGGUUUUUGUCUGUUCGGUUGUGUAAUUAUGCCGGUGGUAUGCCUGUGAUGGGUAAAAAACUGGAUUUUUUCCGGCCUAACAACGUCACCUGCUGCGGCCACUUGACCUACAUCGCGCGCGGACACAUGUGCGCCCAGACUGCGGCCACUUGACCGACAUUCGCCCAAACACACGUGCUCCGCCCGACAGCCGCGCUCACCCCACCACCCACCCUGCAGGCACUUGAGCAGGCCCUCCACGCCCUCUGGGCCGAUGUAAUAUGGGCCGCCAGAGCAAACCACUCACCCUGCGGCAAACAAUCACGCAACACUUGGACGCCACUUGAACUUGCCCCACACUACCCACCUAAUUGGGCCGUCACCGCCGCCUCGGGGAUUCUCGGGGGUGAGGACUGGAUGCAAUUAACACCAGACCCUCCCCCCCCCGGCUCAACACACAUAAUGGGGCUGUCGCCCGGUGUCCGCUCAGUAUUGUGCAGCUCGGCUUGCGGAAGCCCGGUUGCGGUCACGGCUACCGCGUUCUGCAGCUUCAGGCCUGCUUCGUUCAGCAACAGAAUGAACACAGCCAGCUGGAAGUGGCCGAAUGGCGCCAGCGAGGAGCAGCAGACCAGCGUCAAACACGACUCCGUGCUCAGCAUUCACGCAGUCUGA